AUGGCUUCCCGUUUGUUCAGAUCAUCUAUCACUGCUGCCCGCCUGGCGUCGGUCCUACCGCGGGCGACCACUGCGCCUUUAAUCCGCCACUUGCACGUUGGCCGGCCUCUUUUUGUGAAAGUUGGCCAAGAGGUGCCCAAUCUGGAGGUCCUUGUCGAGGACAGCCCGGGUAACAAGGUCAAUCUCGCCGAGGAAUUUCAGAAGGGUGACGGCCUCAUCAUUGGCGUGCCAGGCGCCUUUUCUGGUGCUUGCUCGCAGACACAUGUUCCUUCAUACAUUACGCACCCCAAGCUGAAGAACGCUGGGCAAGUCUUCGUUGUGUCCGUCAACGAUGCUUUUGUGAUGAAAGCGUGGGGUGACUCCCUGGACCCAACUCAUGACUCUAAGAUCCGAUUCUUGGGCGACCCUGCUGGUGAGUUCACCAAGGCUCUAGACCUUGAUUUCGAUGCCUCUGCUUUUUUUGGCAACGACCGCUCCAAGCGCUAUGCUCUUGUCAUCGAGAACGGUAAAGUCAAGAGUGCCCAUGUCGAGCCCGACAACACAGGAACGGAUGUGUCGCUGGCCAACAACAUCCUUUGA